AUGUCCGGUCCAAAUUUCGAUACCAACUACUCAGACAACAAUAGCAUCAACAUCAUCAUCAUCAUCCAAACUAUUAAGAUGAAGCCAUUCAGCGGCGUCCUUGUUCUCCUCUUUGCCUUGAUCAGUGUCUGCCUCGCAGUCAAUUCUGCAGAUCGCUUUCCAGACCAAAAGACGGUCGACAGAGACAAUUAUGAAGCCAUGACCCUCGCUGCAGCCCAAAAGGGCGUGCAGCUUGAAAAUGGCAAGCGAUACGCCUUCCGCGAGAAAUGGGCCCCUGCCUACGGAGAGUACAGGUGCUUGCCAGACUAUUCGCAUGUCCGACUUAUUGUGGGCCAGUUCUUUAACAGUGCCACACGAUCCGGACGUCAGGCCUUUGAUGCCAAGGCAUAUGAGAUGAUCAGUGACGAAGCUGACACUAAGCUUGGUCAAACACCAGUUGGCGGGAAGGUCGAAUCGCAAGUCGACAACCUGUGGUGGGCGAACCACUAUUUCAACGAGAAAAAGGGAGAAUGGGUCACUGUCAGCAAGACCAGUAAAUAUGAGUACCUGGGGGAGACUUCAGCGACAGAAGCUUAUAUCACAAACCAAGGUUUGGAGUACGCCCGCAAGUGGUCUUCAUACAACCUGGUUACAAACAACUGCAUGGUCUAUACCAAGGAAGUGUGGAAGAAUAUCCAAUGA